UGUUGUAUAUGUGGUGUGGGGUGUGUGUGGGGUAUAUCUGUGGUGUGUGGUGUGUGUGUCCGUGGUGUGUGUGCCUGGGGGUGUGUAAGCCACUGUCUAGGAGGUCGUUUUUCUCGAAUGUCUCUGCAGAUGGAACCUGUCGGGAGGUUUUUCCCGGCCUCUGCGAUGGCUCCUCCGCUCCCCGCAUUGUUUCCGCGGCCUAGCUUAAGCCUGUCCUCAGCGAUUUGCCGCUCCGCUGCACCCGAGCUCAAUGCCAGCCCCUCACACAAAGGCGACAUUCACUUCAUCUAAAGGAUUCCCAUAACGCCAGCAGUCUGCCCCACAAAGGCCGGCGCUGCAAUUUUCCACUCCAGGGCCCCUGGGGCUCACACACAAAUCCGCCUGUGUAGGGCGGAUGCGGCAUUGUUGCGGCUCAGCAGGGAAUGUGCCUGAGCUAAGCCCUUGCCCUGCUUCCCCUCGAGGUCAGCAGGUUAGACAGGAUGGUCCCCCGCAGACCCCCGAGCUGUCCUCAGAGUGGAACGUGGGGCCGGUCAUGCCCCCCAGCCCCUUCCAGAACAAAGCCGGCAGGCAGAGUGUGCCACAGACCCCCGAGGCCCUCCAAGGCUGGAGUUAGGUUGGGGAGAGGAUCCUCUUGGGAGGGUUGAGAGACAAUUCUGUCCCACAGCACACACUGGGCGCUCACCACUGCCAGAACGUGCAGGUCAUGAGUGACUGGGACAGAGCCAGUGAUGCCCCGCCCUCCCCCUGCCAACCAGCCCUUAAUGUGCCCAUCACUGGGUGUCACUUUUACGGUGGCGGCAAAUGCUACUUCAUUGAGUUUAUUUUUAUCACGAAAAUGUUUACACAGUCUCAAAAGUAGAGACCACAGAAAAAUGAGCCCUUCACAUACUCAUCAGCCAGAUCCAACAAUUAGGAGAAUUUUGCCCCGCUUCCCGCUUCUCUUGGUUUUUUCUUUACUGGAGUAUUUUAAAGCAAAGCGCAGAUGCCACGUCAUUUCACCCCCACGCACUUCAGUUGCCUCUCUUACAAAUCUAACGUUUCUUUAUAAAAUAAGCGCAAAUUCCCUCUCGUGUUUGACAGGAUUCCUAACAAUUUCUUGAUGUCAUCUAAAACCUAGUCCCUCGUCAGAUAACCCUGAUUGUCUCAAACAUGUUCUUUUACAGUUGAUGUGCCUGAAUCAUGACCCAAAAAGAAGGUGCUCGCUGCUCUGGUUGUUACGUAGAUAUCAUUUUCUCUGAAAUUGCUUCUGCGUUACUGAAAAGGUCAUACAUCUUCUUCUCUUUUAAUAUGUUAAUACAAAGAACUUUAUGAAUCAGUUGUCUAAUGCUAAACCAAUCUCACAUGACUGUAACCAACCCAGCUUAGUUACUGUCUUAGCUCAGGUUUCCAAGAAGAGGGAGCCUGGGGAGACGUCUGGGUGUGGAUGCUUUGUUGGGAGGUACAACCCCAGGGAAGUGAAAGGGAGGUGAAGAAGGGAGGGAGAGUACUUUGCAGAACUGGCUCUUCUCAUCUCCAGGUGGCCAAAUCUGCUCCAAAGGAUGAUGGCCUCCCUCACCCCGUCCCCAGCUUUCUGAUGUGUCUUUCUGGCCCCUUCGGGGAACCAUGUGGCAGAGCCCUUGGGAUCGGGGCAGCUCAGCCUGAGGCUCCCACCAGGAUAGGUGGGGGCACCCCAGGAGCGCUAGAUGGGACGGUUUACCCGGAGAGCUGGGGCUCUCCCGGCAGUGCCCUGGAGGAAGCCGGGGCUGGCCCUGCAGGAGCCGCCGCACAGCCCAGUGAGGGCCUUUCAGACAUCCGGAGUGAAGCUGCACAGAGCCUUCGGCAGUCAGUCACCGGGCAAGAUUGAACACUCACUGUGUGUUUGUUCUUAGCCCACCUGACCCAGGAAUGAUUGGAGGCAGGCAAUGGGGGGCUCAAGCCCUGGGCAUUCGCUGCGUUCAGAGAAAUGAACAGUUCCUAGGCAAGUGCUGGAGAAGGGAGAGGAGCUGUUGACACAUCACCCGUGACGGUGACGCUGCUGCUGUCACCACACCAGGGGUGGCCUGAGUGCUUCACCUGAGUGGACUCCAGACUCCCCACAGUCAAAACCAUGGCGACCCGGGUGCCGGGGAAGCAACUUCGGCACCAUCCGGAAAGUUACAGGAAGCUCCUGGAAGCUUCCAGAGGCAGAGCCCGGGCCAAGCCCGCCACAAUGCUGCCCUCCUCGUGUGGUCUGAGCGCGGAACGUCUCCCUUUGCUUUUCUGCACAAAACACUGCUGCGCUGCCAGUCCUCAAGAUCCAAUCUGCGGUCCUAGCCCACCCUGGGCACUCGCUUCCCCUUCAAAGACCUCUGAGUGGACAAUUAUUUUUCAGACCCUCUGGAAGGGAACGCUCAAGCCGCCAGUGACAGGCGACAUGGCUGAGGGUGUGGGACACAGUGGGUGCUUAGUGACAGAUGACGCGUGGAUGGUGUCUCCAGGAAUCAACCCAGGCUCGCCGAGGAGGCCGGACAUCGCUCUGGGCCUGAGGACAAGGCUGGUUUACCUUUGGCUCCCGAGCAGGACGGCCCACCAUACCCACCCCCGGCGGUUCCGUCCUGCCUCGAAGGGAAAUGACAUGGUGGCCGGGCCUGCGGUCACAAGCAGGCGCUCUCAGAGCCAGGCUCUGGCUCCAUCACUCCACGUGCCUGGUCAAGGCGAAGGCGCUAACAAGCCCCCCAAUCCCCCGCCGCCUGUGGACACCUGGAGAGCGGUGCUUUUCAGGGAAAGCAGGGAGGUGGGCUGCCGGGGGGUGUUAGCUCCCCCAAAGGUGGGGAUCGAGAGGAGAAGGCAGGUGUGGGGCCUUUGGAAGGUGACCUGGGAAGCAGGAGUGAGUGAGGGGGCGGGAGGCAGGGUGAGGAGCAAAGCCACCAAAGGCUCCUCCAUGAGAGGGUUGUUGGUGCAGGCAACUGGGGCUGAUCUCACUGAGGAUGUCAACUGUGGCACUCCUGGCUCUCACGUGGGCCGAAUGGACCAAAACCCCAAGAGCAGGGAGGCAGGUAGUGUGGCCCCUCGGAGACGGCCCCCUUAAGUUCCGUGGGCUCAGAGGCAGCUGCAGGGCCUCUGUUUUUCUUUUUAUUUGUUAUUUAUGUACAGACAGGGUAUCCCUAUGUUGCCCAGGCUGGCCUCGAACUCCUGGCCUCAAGCGAUCUUCCUGCCUUGGCCUCCCAAAGCGCUGAGAUUACAGUUGUGAGCCACCACACCCGGCCACGGGAGUUAAUUUUUUCAUGUGCAAAUAUUUCGGUUCUCAGUCAGUGUGGGUCUGCACUAGCUGGGAAAACUGCCCAGAAACUCAUCUGUGAUGAGAAGGAACACAGCACGGCCUCGGCGUCCAGAACCACCCUGAUGCUCAGCGCCAGGCUUCUGCUUUCCUCCUGGACGUAAACAACCUCCUGGAACGCCAGCUGAGACAGGUGCCACGAGACCAUGGCAGAAGGAGACAAAGCAAGGCCACCCGUAAUCAUGUCUAAGCACAAAAGCAAGGUCACCGCAAGGCCCACGAAACACUGGACGCCCCUCCUCUUGCUAAAUGAGUGACUGCUGACCUGUUAGAGAAUCCUACUGGGCCGCUGCGCCCUCACCACCCCAAUCUAAAACAAACCCCACCCUAGGCCUUUUCCAAGCCACCCAACCCCUGUCCCAUAACACCCUGUUACUGAAACGCCCUCAGUUCCCCACGGGGCGAGCAGUCCGGCCUGGUCGCCUGCAGGUGUGUGUGUUCCUGUGGCCUCUGGCCAGGGGGUGCCACCAGCGGUCUGCCCAGGGUAACUGGAUACCGAGUGACAGCCGGCCACACGGGGCCCUGGUCACACACGGUGAACGAUGAGUCAGCCCUGGUCCUUGAGUAUGCGGGAGCCCAUCUGCAAUUUCCCCUCCUGUUCUCACCAGUCAAGCCCCAUGACUCCACCAAAAACGCCUCUCCACGUUGCCAAGUGCGGCCCUCGGCUUGCGGCCUCCCCCGGCCUCCUGGGCGGCUGUCGGCGGGCCACGCCCCUUCUGGGCGCACUGGCCCCACCUGGCCUCCAGGAUGCGCGGCCCCCUGCUUCUCCCGCACCGCGAGCUCCUCCGCGGGCUCCUUCCCACCAAUGCUGGGGGCCCCUGGGCCUCGGUGCUUGCAUCCUCUACUUCCGUCCACACUUGGACCAGCCGGUUGACCUCAUCACUUCCUAUUUCCCGUGCGCUGGCUCCGCCCUACGCACCCAGCUGGCUUCUCCACGGCUCCCCUUGGAUGCGGAGCAGUGUCAGAUGCAGUGUCUUAGACCCAGCGUGUCUGAAACCGGCUCUUCCCACAGGCUUUCUUAUCCCAGCUAUCAGAACUUCAUUCUUGGCCAGGCGCAGUGGCUUACGCUUGUAAUCCCAGCACUUUGGAAGGCCGAGAUGGGUGGAUCACAUGAGGUCAGGAGUUUGAGACCAGCCUGGCC